AUAGUACUCAUAUAUAGUUUGUUUAUCCUUUUCAACUAGCUAGCUAGUUGCCUUGUUCAGCAUUUGAUACGAUGAGUACCAAAAAGGAUAGAGUUGGAGAAGUCCUAGAUCAUCAAAAUAAUGGGUGGCUUAGUCUUAGCCUAGCACCACAUCUAGGAGACUCUUCACAAGCAACUUUUGUGAAGAGAAAGCUCAUGAAGGUAUACACAUGCAAGUUUUGCAAGAGAAAGUUUUAUAGUUCACAAGCAUUAGGAGGGCAUCAGAAUGCCCACAAAAGGGAGAGAGAUGUCGCUACAAGAUACGGGUACCAUUUACCAAAUGCAUUAAACUUUAAUGCUAGUAAUUGCCAAUCAAUUGCCAUGGUUCACGCACCACAAAUAGAUGGUCACCAAGAGUCUAACGACAACGGAGAACCUUAUGGGCCACCUUAUGCGGAGGAGGAAUCAGUUGAUGUUAAAUGGCCAUUAGGUCUUGAUCAAUCAAAUCUACAACCAGUUUCUCACUGGCCUGAUGAUGAUACAAAGAUAGUGGACUUGAGUCUUAAGCUAUGAUCGACUUGGCAUCGUAGUUGACAGUAUAUAUAUAAUUUGGCUCUCUGGAUCAGUCUCCUCAAUUAAAUUCAAAUUAAUGCUACAACUAAUUGGCCCUCUCAUGUACACAUCUCAUCAAGGAGAUUGAGUAGCUAGUAGAUCCAUUGUCUUAAAAUAAGAUGACGCACGAAGAGAAACACGUACAAAUUAAUCUGUAUGAGUUGAAUAUAUUGUACGUGUGUGUGUGUGUAUGUGCGAUUGGAGUUCAAGUCGUAAGUUUCUUAUCUAAAGCAUGUCUCUAUACAUGCAAUGUAAAGGAUGUUUGGUUAAGCUUUACCGAUGUAUUGAGUAGUUGCAACUUAA